GUGUAAGCAUGUGGAGUGUAAUCACAGAGAGAUUAGUCACUCAGCUUGUGCAGGGCUCUGAACACACACCAUUGUCUUUGGCUCCCUGGGAUUAAAACAGCAGUGAGAUAUUUCUGUCGUAAUGCUGUCGCCCACAUUUUACCCCCUUUUCCUCCUUGUUGCCCUCUUCCUCCCCAGCGUUUUCCCCUCUGUCUCUGGGAAAGCAGCAGUUUAAGGGGGAAAAACAAGUGUGUGAAGCCAAGAAACAGGUCUGACCUCAGUUACUGGAACUAAGCAAGGUGCUGUUUUAAAGAGUCUCUAAAGUGUGGGUGGCCAGGACAACAUGAACACCACUGAACCAGAUUCCAACUUCACCUCUACACCACACACAGAAAAUGUCACUCUGUCCAGCCUGACAACCAGCACCAUCUCUGCCACCAGCCCACUGCCUCCAUCCUAUUCUCCAGACAUCUUCAACCCAGAACUCACCAUCAUGGUGGUGCUGGGCUUAUCGCUGCUGCUGGCAGGGUUAGCUGCCUUCCUGGCAGUGUGCCGGCCCUCGGAACAGGACGGUGACUCUGAGGCGAACUGCAGCCCAGGCGAGAGCUUGACCCGUGGAGGACGCCGGUCCAGCGAGCCCCAGCUCAAGGUGUGGAAGAGGCUGGGCUCGUAUCGGCGUUCAUACAACAUCUCCUUCAGACGACCGCCCCAUCGCAGGCCGUACGAGCGUGAGAGCACACACGUGUCCCGGCCUCCGGCCCGACACACACCACAGCCAGAAACCAGCGUGGAGCCACACCUCACUAUGCCUUGUCUAUUUGACUAUGUCACCGAAAUCUGACUCAAAGACAGGCUGAUGGCUGACUGACUGCUUCCCACAACAAGUGAUGCACUGUAUAUCUUACGGCUGGUGCUCCGGACGUUAUUGAUAACUGUUUAGGCGAUCCAAAAGUCGAUCAUUGAAGCGGGGUUUACACAUUUUUGUGACUGAUCAUUUCACCCUCUGCAGCAAGUAACAUUGUUAGGUAUGGAUGUUGCUUUUUCAGCAUAGCUCUCUACUAUACACAUAGAGGUAAAGAAAUAUUGUAUUUAUUAUAACGACUCAAUUCGAUUAAAAUUCUCUCAGCAAGAAUUUGAUGCAUCAUCAAAUUCACCUUCUGCACAGAAAUAAAUUCCCUCUGAUUUAAUUACAUUACAUUUUUUUCCAAGCAGAAUAAAAGCUGCUUUAAAAAAACUAAACAGAUAUAAUGCACAAUAAUUGUACAAACAAAGAUCUAACGGUAAUGCACCAGUUCAAAUAAUGACUCCUAUUUUCAAGGCCAAACUUAAGAACAUUCUAAAAUCCCAUUCAAAUUGUGGGUACAACUAUCAGUCCUCUGCGUCACACUGAUAAUUGUCCCGAUGCAGAAAACCCCCAUCCAUCUAGUAAUUAAUGUGAAUGAAGACGAUUUGUUUUAUAAAAAAACACAAUACAGUCAAGACAAAUGCAACCUGAGCCAAAAAGAGAUCACUCUGUGACUGAUUCUUCGUGUUUUGUGAUUGUUGUGUUAAGAAAUAAAGUGACAUUUAAGUGUGUUCCUACAUGUGUUUAGCAGUGUUUGUGUUUUCUACCUGGAGGAUGCUGGUUCUUUGGGGCACGCUCUCCAGUAUACUGGUCUCGUAGCUGUUUUGUAGGAAGAUGGGCCUGUUGUCGUUGACAUCCUGCACCUCAACAAACACAGUAGCUGUGCCUGUCCUCCGGCUGCCCGCUGGACCGUUGUCUAUGUGCAGAAGCAGACACAUUCACAAACACAUCAGCUGCAAUCAUUCAGGUUAAUGCUAAUUGAAAGGGUUGACGCCAGGACAACUAAAAAAUACUUGGCUUUCAUUUCAUGGCCGUAAAUCUCACCGGCUAAGGCCAUAGAUACAUCACUACGAGUUGUAUACAAAAAUGGAACCGGUUCUGCAUUAAUAUGUUACUUUAAACGAGCCAUUGAUCUUCAGAAAAUAAAGCAGGAACCAAAAAUCGCUUGUUAUAAAGACAUAAAACCGGGACAUUGUUGGCUCACCGAAACUUGGGUAAUUUUCAGCUGCUUAUGAAUUAGAACAAUGUGUGUAAUCCUGUUCUAUUGCACAGGUUUACAUUAUCUCUGCCUCUUCUCCCCUCUUGUGUCUCUGCCCCCCCCCCUCAGCAGAUAAGCCCCCACCCUACUCAAUGGCUUCCAAAACAGGAAAACCUCAGAGUUUUUGUUCUUUCUUUUCAAACAGGAACAAAGGCAGUUGAGCAAUAGUCUGAAAUCACUGCAGAUGUGCAGGGAUCACACAUUUUGCAUCAUUGCUGUGCAAAUGUAGAAAGGAGCUGCUUUGAAGAGAUCACAAACAAAACAAGCCAGAAAACAUGUCCUAUUAUAACAAAUACAAACACGGACUGUGUAAACAUGAGGAUGAUAAAAGAUGAUAACGGUUUCUUGUCAUUAUAAAAAAUGACACACCUAUAGCUUCUACCACCAGCGUGUAUGCUGCCUGGGUUUCUCUGUCCAGGCCGACCACAGUCCGAACAACUCCGUUUCUGAAGCCCACGCUGAAUUUGCCAUCCUGAUUACCACCUAAACAUACAAAACACAAACACAUUUCCAAAUAUAUUUACAGCAUAUUGGUAAAACAUUGCAUACAUAUACAGCACAGCUAUGAUACUAAAAGAAGCAUGCAAGAGGAGCUUGCCUCAUACACAAACUCACACAGAGACGGAUGGUUGGACAAAAGAUACUGUACGUGCA